GAAUCAUAAUGCUAAUCUAUGGAAAACAUAAAUAGCCUGAAUCAGAAGUGAGGUUGUAAAUCUUGAUCACGUACACACAUUUCAUGGCCAUCAACAUGCUGCGGGUGCUAAUUGUGAUAGCGGCAGUGUCCGCGUUAAACCUUGUGGUAGCCCAGUCUCAGCAACAAUGUCAGACAGUUUUCCUUACCCAGUUCUACCAGUGUAUACAGAACGUCACGCUCAACCCACAACAUCUACUCUACUUCACAAGAAACGGGACAGUUGGCACUCAACCACCAGACAUGGCUGUAUUUCAGGACCAAGCUUGUGGUCAUCAGACAAACAUUUUCAACUGUUCCCUCAGAGUCAGGGAUACUUUACUCAAUAACUCAGCCUGCCCCCUGGCGGAGAAAAGUUCCAUAACCAACUUCUUCGGUAGCAUAUUCCAGCCGUACGACAUUCUCUGUGCCCACCCAUGCCGGUUUUCACUCGUGGACAAACUGAGGGGGUGUUAUUCCGAAUCCGAUCUGGAUGCGGAUCUGUUUAUGCCCAACAACUCUCGGCCCGGGGGCAACAUGAUGGGAGACACUUUGGUGGAAGUGGAUGCGUUUUGCAAAAUGCGAAACCCGCUUGUUCAGUGUAUGAAGAGAGAACAGAGAGUAUGUCCUGAAUCUCCAAUUGUCAUGCGCAACAUCGGCCUUGACCUUGAUUCUCUCGAUAAAACUGUCAACGUCCUUUGCCUCCACCCAAAAGUGUACCUGGACAGUCUCGAGUGUUUCUCGUCUCCGACCCGGGAUGUCCAGAUGUGCAUGCAGAGUCAGAACCAGAAAGUGGUUGAGCUGGGUCUGACGGCGGAGCAGCAGAAGAUGCCCCAGAAUGAGUUCCUCGUCAACUUCUGUCGAAUUCGUCUGGAGCAUGUCAAGUGCGACCUAGAUGCGUGGAGGAAGCAUACCCUAGAUACCUGCAACCCAGCGGUUAUAGGUAUGAAGACGGAGCUAGACUGUAAACUCAUGCCGGCAGAAUGUAAAACGGCGUUAGGAGAUCAGUAUCAAAUGGUGUGUGCUGAUGAUAAAUUUAACACUCAACAUAGGGAUAACUAUGGCAACGGUACCACCAGAUGUACAACUAGUUCCAUUUUGUAUAUAGUGCUCACGUGGAUUACGCUUUCAUCCUUGAUCAACUUAGUGUGACAUUGUAUAUAGAUUUUGAACUAUCCUGUUGUAUACAACUGGCAUCAUAUUGAAUAAUGAACCACAGAGUCGAAAGUAACAGCGAAAUCUCGUUAAUCCGGACCCCCUUUGUUAGUCGGACAAUUCGGUUAGGAGCGCCAACAUCAAAUUAAAGGUUUUACUCUUUCAUUGUGAUCCGUUAAUCCUGACGAAUUCAGUGAGAGUUUCACUGUAAUAUUAAUCAUGAUUCGGCCAUUAGACUUCAAAUUGAACACUUUUAAGACAUGACGAAUGGAGGUUUUGAACGAAGGAAAUAUAAUUAUACGAUCAAUUUGAAAAUGACCGAAGUGGCGAAUGACCAGAUAAAAGAGUCAUGUAUACGAGGUAACAUCCUGUUGGACACAUGGUAGCGUUCCAAAGAGUAGGAGCGGCGGGGUAGCCUAGUGGUUAAAGCGUUGGCUCGUCACGCCGAAGACCCGGGUUCGAUUCCCCACAUGGGUACAACGUGUGAAGCCCAUUUUCCGGUGUCCCUCGCCUUGAUAUUGCUGGACUAUUGCUAAAAGCGGCGUAACACAACACCGACUAAGUCCAAAGAAUAAUCGUCCAGAAGGUGUGGUGUCCGGAUUAACGGGGUCCGGAUUAACAAGGUUUCACUGUACACCAUUCAGUAUCCAUCAUGUCGGCCGUGAUUCCUGCCUUUCUCUCACACUGAUAUUUGAGUUAUAUAUUUUUUCUCAAUGGUGUAGGACUGUACUUUGCAAACACCAAUAACGUUUGCACUUCAAUGUCACUUUACAUUCAUCAUAUUGUCUCAUUUCAUUAUUUUUGCUUUCUUAAAUGCAGGGAGAACUGUCUCAUAAAUAGAUGUGUAUGUUUGUGUUGAGACCAUUGGUCAAGUUUGUUUUGUUUUCGGGGGAACUGAAUGUUAUCAUUCAACAGCUCCCAUUGUCCACUUCCUGUGUAGCAUUGCAGGACGAUGUUGAAUGUAUUGCAUUAAUAUGAUAGAAUAUUUAGUUUUGUAACUUUAUAACUCAAGAAAAUAAAUAUAUUUCACAUA